GUGCACCGAUCUCUACCCCCUAUACUUAUAUCGUUUGCGCGCCGCCGACUAUACUUUGCUCUAAAAAUACACCUAUAGAACACAUGUGAUAUUGUUCGCGAUUUGGAAAUAUCGCUCCGUGAAUAAGAUAAGUUAUUUGUCUCUUUUAAUCAGAUAUCCCAAUAAAUAAGCGGCUUAAAAUAUAUUUCCACGGAAAAAUAUAAAAUUUGACAAGAAUGUAAUUGUAAAACGUAUAAAAAAUUAUAAGUUAACCUUAACAAAAAGAAACUUUUCAAAUAAACAAAUAAAUCACGAUAAAACAUUGCAAGUGUAGAAGUUUAUAGAACAGAUAGAAUUGUUAUAAGUUUUAAAUUUCUUUAUAUUUUGUAUCACUUAUUAUUUAAAAAGUAUGGAUAGGAAGUUACCAAAUAUUUUGAUAACAGGUACUCCAGGAACAGGCAAAAGUGAAAUAGCAAAAAUGCUGUCAGAACGUACGGGUUUCAAUUGGUUAGAUAUAAGCAAAUUAGCUAUUGAAAACAAAUCUUUAGAAGUAUAUGAUGAACAAUAUCAGUCAUAUAUAUUAGAUGAGGAUAAGUUGCUAGAUUUAUUAGAACCAAUGAUGGCUAGUGGAGGUAAAAUUGUGGAUUAUCACAGUUCAGAUUUCUUCCCAGAAAGGUGGUUUGAUAUAGUAUUUGUUAUGAGAACAAACAACACCAUAUUAUAUGAUCGCCUUGUUGCUAGAGGAUACAGUGGCAAAAAAUUAGAAGAUAAUGUGUCCUGUGAAAUUUUUCAAGUGUUAUUAGAUGAAGCAAAAAACUCAUAUAAAGAAGAGAUUGUUCAUGAACUGCAAAGUGAUAAUGCUGAUCAGAUGGCUGACAAUCUCAACAGAAUAUGUCAGUGGAUUGAACAGUGGAAGAUAGAUAAUCAAUAA